AUGGUGAAAGUAAGCAAGUGUGAGGAAGCUCAGGAGUAUGCGCAAUCAGAUAGAGAUGACAAUAAACCUUGUACUACCAACAGAAGGCGGCAAUCAAAAAGUUUUGGCCCUUCUCCUGUCAAACAAAGUCAUGCUAAGGAGGAUGCUGAAAGCAAAAGGCUGUGUGUGAGAAGGCACUCUGCUAGAUUCAAAUCUGAAGAAUCAAAACCUACUGAAGACUUCUUUGAGAUAGAUGAAGCCAAAUUGCCUGAAUGUCCUUCGCGUGAUGAUCGAAUGCUGGAAGAUGGUUCAGCUACUAUGUCUUCAUUAGUCAAAACAGAGGAUAAAGAUGAGAGUUCUGGCCCGAUAUAUAAACCCCAAGAAAUUGGAAGAUCAUCUAUAGGAAGGCCAUUGCGCCAGGCAGCCAAGAAGGUUCAGUCAUACAAGGAAACUCCCGUUAAUGUGAAAAUGCGCAGACCUGAAUAA